AUAUAUAAGAAGUGCCAGUCACCAACGAUAACCACCUAUCUGCCGAACGUGCAACAUGAAGGCUCUCCUGUUCCUCGCUGUAACCGUGUGUGUGCUCGGGGCGGCUUCCUGCUGUUUCCCGUGGUUGACUGAACCGGCCCCAACCCAGGCACCGACACCCACCCCGUGUCCUCCCGGAGUGAACCAAGUGAACUGUUUGACAGACCCAUGUGUGUUGGCCACGUGUCCGCCAUACCCGAGCGCUACGUGCAAGGCUGACUACUGCGGAGGCUGCAACGCUUUCUUCUACGACAGCAAUGACAAUAAAGUAAACUGCGAUGACCCGUACUGUCCGAAUGGAGGUCAAUACCUGUCCAUCAACUGUGGGCGGGGCGUAGGACGACGGGACUGCCCGUCUACUCACUCCUGCCAGGUUCACCCUGCGGACCGCUGGGCUGUGUGCUGUCCCAACACUGUUGCUGGUGAAUGUCCGGACACCACCGGGAUGUUUGGUAUCUGCGUGGAGGCUUGCAGCAGUGACGCCGAAUGUUCCGGGGGACAGAAGUGCUGUUCUAACGGCUGCGGACAUGUCUGUAUGGCCGUGACCAAGGGCUAGAGUCAGACCACAGCAGGCUUGACUGUGUCCCUAGGCCUGUCAUUACCUUCGCCAAGAAGGUUAUGUUUUCAGUAGCGUUUGUCUCUGUGUUUGUGUGUUUGUGUGUGUGUGUGUUUGUGUG